CAGUAGAUUUAGUCGCUGUUUUGGUCUUGUGUUGAAUAGAAAACUCCGUUCAGAGUCCCCGGACUUGAGUCAUCCGAAGCAUUUGUAAAGGUUCCUAACAUUCAAAACAGUAUUUAUCCUAUCCUAUCAGCCGUAAAUCGUGAACGCAUUUAAAACCGAACUCGUAUUAGGUGUUAUCAGUGAAUGCUAUCUGGUUCGAUAUCGGCUAGAGGUAGACCGGAAUGAAUUAGCAAACAAGUCGAAAAGAAACCACCGCAUCGAUUUGUUCAACAAUUUGUCAAUAUGCUGCGCCCUAUUUUCGGUUGUUUGGGGCACCUGUUUCAGCUACUUAGAGCCAACCUUAAACCGCUGAUUCUGCUAGUUUCGUUGGGAACCUUUAUCUGGCUGAUCGUCAAUACGACAAAUCGACCGGAAUUCACUCGGCAUGCAUCACGCCAACAGCCGGAGCAGCUGGAGGAAAUGAAGGAAUCCGAGAAUCGCUGGAGCGAACAGACGGUGCAGAUCUUUCUCAGCAUGCUGGACAUUGAUGGCAAUGCAACGGAUUUGAUACUUCGGAGCGAUCCCUGCGCUCUCAAGGACGAAAUAGUCUUCACCGCCUUCACGGCCGAUACUUUGGAGGAACAACUGUGGCAGUACUUCACGCUGAUAGCGCUCAGACAAAAUUUGGUCCUAUCGGAAAAAGGCGACUUACUUGUGAAACCGUUUCUGCCGCUGUUUUCCAAACAGAACUUGGAGUUCAUUUUCGAAAAGGUUCCGAUGGAAGUAAUAGGUGACCUUCCCUUCAACUGCUACGACAUCGCCAAUGCUCUGAUCGUAACAAAUUCCAUGGAAAUCCCACAACCAGCAAAGGCUAAUCAAAUUUACAUCCUGGAUAACGGUGUCCGUCGCUAUCAGGACCUAGUGGGUGCCAAAUGGGACCAAGAAGCGUCCAUAUUACGUGUUGCCAGCGUAGCGUACGCCUACAAGCAACUGGCUAAACUACGCGAUAAGGUGAUCAGCCCACGGCGCGUAGAAUUCGUAGGUAUUCACAUCCGGCGGGAGGACUCGCUACCCUUCGAGUACUACUACCGGGCGAUAGCCUUUCAGCGAAAGUUACACCAGGCCCGGCUAAUUUUCGUGGUCAUCUGUGAGGAUACGCAGGGAAAGCUGUGCAAGCGAAUCUCCGCACCAGAGGAGGAAAUCUAUGUGCUGUCGGAGCACGAAAAGGAUCAGGUAGGACUGGGACAUGAUUUUGCGCUGAUGACACUCUGCAAUCAUACGAUCGUGUCCAACGAUUUGGGAAUAUUUCAUGCACUGAUCAAUGGGGGCGAUGUCGUGGUUUACGAGUUUAGUGAAGAGAUCAAUCGAGCUCAGUACGUGCCGUGGUUGAUCGCUAGCGAGAAGGAUCGAUGGUAUAUGCUAGGUUAGGUUAGGGUAAGGAUUGUGCUAGGACAAAACUGAAAUUAUUCUAAAUAUAAUCAAUUGAAAAUUGUUUGCAUGAUACCAAACGACAGAGAAUGAUUUCAAGUCAAACUCAGAAUCGCCGAAGAACGCUUGAAACACGCACAUUCAGAAAAAGAACCGAAUUCAAAAACCAUUUAAAAUGCAAACUCUCAUGGAUCAAAUCUACCGGCGUUUAUCUAAGAAGGAUAGAUAGGCUUAAGGAAGGAAAGGUUUCACUUUUAUACGCACUGACGAAACUGCCUAUGCAGCAUCAACACAAUUUCGUACGCUAGCCUGUAAGGCUAAUAGCGAUCUCGAUCAACUAGAUUUAAGUGAAAAGAAUUGGUUAUCGGUAUUGUUUAUGUGGCACUCUUUGCAAGUUGUAGGAUAAGUACAACAAUACACCGUGCCCCAGUGCUGAGUUAAGAAAAUUUCCAGCUCGAAAAGAUUCUCGACCUGUUCGGGAAUCGAACCCAAUAUCCCAACCGUGUGGGAGAGCUAGCUGAUCGACAUCGCUAAUCACAGAGCUUUAGGUAGUAACCCAUGAGUCAACAGAAAAAAAUUGACAGCUUUAUCAGUCGAACUCCAACCGUCGUCAGUGCGAAAACAGUGAAACUACUCCGUUCAGAAGUGUCAAAAAACUUUGUGGACACCGGAUACACUCAUUUUCAUUGAACUAUUGGACAACAAUCAGAGCAUCGAAAGAAAGCCCCAUUCCGGACAUCGCAACGUGCACUUGGCCGAGAAGUCGGUGCAACCGGCCAGACAGUGAACAAGCACCAGGCGCAUAUAGACAUACAUUACAUUGCUGUGGCUGACAAUCAGCGAGAAGAGGAUGUCAAAGCUGCUCUUCUUCUUCUCCGGAUUGACCGUGACCGGUAAAACUUUAUAGUACGAAGUGCUUGCCGGAAGUUGCAUCGUUCAUCAAGAAAUUGCGAGUAAGCAAAAAACGCAGGGGCGAAAAAAAUUUUUGCGAGUAAGCUAACAUAAUUACCUUACAUGGGAAACUGAUCAAACUCAAUUAUUUGUCUUAGUUAUUUUUUCACCACCAUCCGAGAAAAGUCAUUUCUUUACCGCAUACGUUAGUAACAUCGACCUACUUACUUACUAAUUUACUUUCCUGGUGAAAUAUUCCUCAGGAUUUCACCUGCGUCCCAAUGUUACGCCAACGCACUCGGUCCAUAGCACCUUAUCUCCAGUUUCGUGAGCGUCCAACAGAUCUCGAGAUCUCGCUCCACUUGGUCCAACCACCUAGCUCGUCGCGCCUCUACGUCUUGUAUCGGCCGGGUUCGAGACGAAUACCAUUUUUGCGGGAUUGUUCUCCGGAAGUCUUACAACAUAUCCCGUACAUAGUACCCU